UCCCUUUUUAUUAUUUCUUUCCUUGUUGAUUUGGUAAGCUACUCCUCCCUCCCUCUCUCUCAAAACUGCUGCAUUCCACUCCCACCCUUUCUAACGAUGAUGCAUUACCAUCCAACAUGAAUUCAACCACCACUCCCAUUCCCAUCCCAACAAGGAGACUCUCCCUCUUUCUUCUCACUCUCCUCUCUAUCCUUCCAGUUUCCCUAAGCAGCUUGAACUCCGACGGCAUUCUCCUACUCUCCUUCAAAUACUCCAUCCUCAGCGACCCUCUCUCAAUCCUCGACAACUGGAACUACAACGACGAGACGCCGUGCUCAUGGACCGGCGUCACCUGCACCGCAAUUCCUCUGCCCUUCUAUCCCACCGCCGCUUCUCGAGUCGUUGGCUUAGCUCUUCCCAAUUCCAAGCUCUUAGGCUCCAUCUCUCCCGAUCUUGGCUACGUCGAACACCUUCGCAAUCUCGAUCUCUCUCACAACUUCUUCAACGGCACUCUCCCUGCUUCUCUCUUCAGCUCAUCCGAGCUUCAGGUUCUUGAUAUCUCUGACAAUGAGGUCUCCGGCGAGCUUCCUGAGCUUGUUGGGAAUCUUAAGAGUCUUGAAUUCCUCAAUCUCUCCGAUAACGCUCUCGUUGGGAGAAUCCCCGACAAUCUGACUUCUCUUCCCAAUCUCACCGUUGUCUCGCUCAGGAACAAUUACUUAUCCGGCGGCCUUCCGAUUAGGUUUCAGUCCGUGGAAGUUCUAGAUCUGGCGUCAAACCUCGUGAACGGAUCGCUGCCGCCGGAUUUCGGCGGAGGCAAUCUCCGGUCCUUGAAUCUUUCGUACAACCGACUUUCAGGGGAGAUCUCGCCGGAAUUCGCAUCCCAAAUCCCAGCAAACGCCACUUUGGAUCUUUCAUUCAACAAUCUAACUGGAGAAAUCCCGGAAAUCAGCACUUUUCUCUACCAAAAACCGGCUUCUUUCGCCGGCAAUCCGGAUCUCUGCGGUAAACCGCUCCAGAAGUCCUGCAUGAUCCCUUCGACACUCCCCAAGCCCCCGCCGGACACCUCGACCACAUCUCCUCCGGCGAUCGCGGCGAUUCCCAAGACCAUAGGUAACUCGCCCGGAGAGGAUGCCGCCGGCAACGGGACCGACCAGCCCAACGACGGUGGCCUAAGGCCGGGCACGAUUGCAGGUAUCAUCGUUGGUGAUUUGGCCGGAAUUGGGCUUCUUUCAAUGCUCUUCAUCUACAUAUACCAAUCAAUGAAGAAGAAGAGAAUCGAAGAGAAGACAAGGACUAUAAAGGCAGGGGCUGCCGACGAAUGGUCGUCAUCAGAUGCCGUUGCUGGCGGACGGCUGGGAUGGUCUUGUUUGACGAAGAAAGGCGGGAGCGAUGAUGAUGAAGAGAAUUCAGAUACGACAGGAUCGGAGACUGAAGGAGAAGAGAAAUACAGAGCGGAAGAGCAGCAGCGGCAGCAGAACAAGGGCGGGACGCUGGUGACGGUCGACGGAGAGUCGGAGCUUGAAAUGGAGACUCUGCUCAAAGCUUCGGCGUAUAUUCUCGGAGCGACUGGUUCGAGCAUUGUCUACAAAGCCGUUUUGGAAGACGGGACGGCGUUCGCCGUCAGGAGGAUUGGAGACGCCGGGCUUGAGAGGUUCAGAGACUUCGAGAACCAGGUCAGGCUCAUUGCUAAAUUGCGCCACCCCAAUUUGGUGCGCAUACGGGGGUUCUACUGGGGAGAAGAUGAGAAGCUCGUUAUCUACGAUUUCGUCCCCAACGGCAGCCUCGCCAACGCCUCUUACAAGAGGACGGGCUCCUCGUCCCCGUGCCACUUGCCCUGGGAAGUACGGCUCAGGGUAGCAAGGGGAGUCGCACGUGGGCUAACGUACCUGCACGAGAAGAAGCACGUACACGGCAACCUCAAACCCAGCAACAUCCUUUUGGGCCCCGACAUGGAGCCGCGUAUCGGAGAUUUUGGCCUGGAAAGGCUCGUUACGGGCGACAACAGCAGCAAAACGGCUAGCGGUUCGGCCCGACAUUUCGGUAGCAAACGCUCCACGGUCUCACGUGACAGCCUCCAAGACCUCCAAACGGGGGCCAGCCCUAGCUUAUCCAUAGGGUGCGCAUCCCCUUAUCAUGCACCCGAGUCGCUCAAGAACCUAAAGCCCCAGCCCAAGUGGGACGUGUUCUCGUUCGGUAUGGUACUGUUAGAGCUCAUCUCAGGGAAAUUAUUUUCAGACGCGGAGCUCAGCCAAUGGAAUUCCGGGUUCGUUUUUGAAGAUAAGUAUCGGGUCUUGAGGAUGGCUGACGUGGCAAUAAGGGCUGACGUGGAUGGCAGGGAGGAUGCCUUGCUGUCAUGCUUUAAGCUGGGGUUCAGCUGCACUUCGGUGGUCCCGCAGAAGAGGCCCACCAUGAAGGAAGCCCUCCAAAUACUAGAAAAGAUUCCAUCCCCCUCAUAUUAGUCCAAGACUGAUGUACUAGUUCACCACCUUUUAAAGUUGUGGUGCCCACCCUGUCUGAUGGGUGCCUAUCGAUCACCAAUCCUGACCGUCUGAUGGGUGCCUACCGAACGAACGGCGAAGACUAGAGCUGUGGACAGUCCAACAAGUUAAGCUAUGAUGAUGUGUUGACUAUGGAUGAUAUCCAAUGGGUUAGAAGAUGGAGGUGAACUAUCACAUUAGACUUCUCCAUUCACAUUAUUACUAUAAUAAUGUUGACUAAUGAUACAAAGGGCCUUGAUUUUAUUUCAAUGCCCAUCGUUUUCAUUGUAUGUGUUUGUGUCGUGGAAUUGGAGUGAGAGAAAGAGGUUUCAUUUGACUUUGAAGGAAGGGAGGGAUGCUGAUGUGUGUGGAGGGCUAGAUGUGGUGUUGUAUGUAUGAUUGACCAACUGAUUGCUCUUUGUUUUUUGUUUUUUGCUUUUUUUGUUACAGUGAUAUGUGAGAUGACUGUGAUGGUGAUGAAAGGGUUUGUUGGGGUUGAUAGUUGUAUGAUUAGGGAGUGGUGUUGUUUGGAUUGUAACAUUUAGUAAUUUAAAAUUUUUGGGUUACUAUUGUUGGGUGA